ACGGCCGAAUCGGGCUGGCAUCACAACACUGGUAGCUUUUUGUGGAGGAGCCUCAUCUCUGUUGUCUUGUUCCGAUCUGUCAACACGAUCUCUUCACCACUUACACACACUCGAGAUACUGGCACAAUUGCUCUAGAACACCACCACACCUCUUCCACCCAAAAAUCUCAUAUACAAAGAAACUAGCAAGCGCAGAAAGCCUUGAAACAAUACACGACCUCUCUUCCCCUUUCCCAAACAAAACAUCCGAUCACAAUGUCUGCGCCCGCCGCCCCUACGACAGCGACUCCCCCCGUCGCCUUCAACCGUCUCAAGCAAAUUGCUACAGAUGCUUGCCAAUCAGCCAUCGGCUCUGCUGAGUUCUACGAUCACGCUAAGACCGAGACAUGGAACUCUCAGAUCAUUUCCUCCGUCCUGAAGGCCGUCAUCUCUGAGUCGACACCCCAAGGCGGCUCCGCGCCCGCUUACAAGUUUGCCUGCAACUCCACAAUCGUCCAGCACCUCGUCCCGACAUCCUCCCUCAACAAGUCCAAGGGCACCUCCGUUAAGGAGGAGGAGCCCUCCGUCUCCACGAGCGCCGAUGCGACUGCUACCGAUGGCAAGCCCCACGUCGGCCGCCGCGGCAUGCACUCCGCCACCGGCGCCUACUGGGACGAGAAGAAGGACGGCAUGUGGUCCUACAAGUACGACGGCGGCGAGGGCAAGGGCAUGGACGUUGUGAUCAUGCUCAUCUGGGUCGCCAUCUAAACGACGAUAGCAGCAAGGCUCAGUACUCGAGGAUAGCAAUAGGUGAGAGGCAGUUGAUCCAGCGUGCUGAGGUCUACAUCCCCCCUUAUCCUCGUCUGCCUUAUCAAGAUUACAAGCCACAUGGGCCCGUUCGCAAGAACGGAAGCCUUACGGAAACUGGGUCGGCGCAUGGAACGCCCUGAAACGGACCAUAAUGGGAGCGGCCUGGCGACCAAGCCGCAGUGGCAUCAUCCCCCCCAAAUGAGCGUCCAGCUUCAAAAAGGAUGAAGUUCACUUUUGGCUCGAAUUUCUCUUAGGUCAAGCAGGCAUAUACGGCGAACGGGAUUGCGCAAGGUCUAUUCAUGUGUAUGAGUUGAUUUUGUCUCCAAACCACGAAAAAUAGCCGGAGUUCUUCUUUUUUUGUUAAUGAGAAUACAUGCAAAUCAUGAGACUCGCGGCGCCCCAGACUUAA